AAAUGUGAUAAGUUUACUCCAAAGAUCCGUCAAUGAUUUCUGAAAACAGAUGGAUUAACUGAGCAAUUUAGAGGAUUUUUGUACUCGAAAAUGAUUGUCAACGAGACAUAGAGGCUUAUUUUGUGGAGUUGCGAGGCACUCCAGCAUGAACUGGACAAACUGCCUUCGCUAUCAGUCCUGAUAUGUCGAGCCUGGGAUCGUUCGUUGGUGGGCCCCUGGGAGAGGAAGACGUAGAAGAGCUACGCUCCGAGCGUUCCAUACGAGGACUCAAGUCUCAAGAAGAAAUCGAAAGACUGACUGUUGACGAGAGUCUUGAUGACAUUGAGCGGGCCGUGUUACUAUUAAGUUCUGGAGUGGAAAUUCAAAAGCUCAGUGUCAUUAAUAACUUAACCAAACUUCUAGAGAAGAACAGUGCUGAUGUUAACAGAAGAGUGGUACCAGUUCUUAGGGAGUACCUGUACAUUGCUCCCCUCCAUGUUCAGCUUGAAGCUACCAAGUCUUUUUCAAGCAUCAUUCAAAAUGGAACAAUACCAGCAUACAUGUUUUCUUCAUCAUUUCUGCCAAUCAUACUGCACAAUAUUGACAACAGAGACAACGUGGUGGCAAAUUCAUGGCUUGAAACCCUCCUGACAUCAAUUGAUUUCCUUCCAAAAGAUGUUAUAAAAAGAGAGGUCCUUGGUAUUGCCAUCUCCAAGGGUCAACUCUCUCAAUCAGUUAAUUGUAGACUUGCAAGUUGCAAGCUUCUUGGACAAAUUGCACCAAAGUUUGAAACUUACUGGAUAAAGAAGGAGUUAAUGUCUUUGGUAGCAUCACUAUGUCAAGAUGUUGAUUAUGAGGUCAGAGCUUGUAUGUGUCAACAGCUGGAAAGUAUAGCAAGAGCUCUAGGGUUGGAAAGCACACAAAGCAUUAUCAUACCAGAGCUGGUUGAGCUUACAAAUGAUGAGGAAACUAGUGUGAGACUUGCAGGACUGGAAACAAUCACAAACCUUCUUAAUCUUCUUGAUGAUGAUACUUGCACAUCAGUCAUCAUUCCUUUGGUCCAAAAGUUCUGUGAUGAAAUUCCCAAGCAGUGUUCAGAGUCUCUCCUCACAGUGGCACAGUUGUUUGGAAAACUUUCCCAUGGGUUAUCAAUUAACCUUAGUGAGACUAAAAGGAAGUGGUUCUUGGAGUUUUACAAAAAGAUGUGCUACUGUGGCAAUCCAAACAAAAAUAACAGAGUAGGAAGUGUGACACUGGCACUCCAGAGCUCUGUUUUAUCUGGUGCUACUAUUGAAGAUGAUCCAGAAGCUGAAUGCCGAAGAUGCUGCGCUUUUAACUUUCCGGCCAUGCUUCUGUUCUGUGGUGCAGCUGGUUUUCAGAGUGAGUUAGCUGCCACAUUUCACUCGCUUGUGGAAGAUCCUCAUGCGCUGGUCAGACGAACUAUAGCAUGUGGAUUUCAUGAGGUGGCGAAACUUUUAGGGACAAAUGUUGGAUCAAUUCAACAAGAUUUAAGUAUAUUAUUAAAGGAUGAAUCUAUAGAGGUAUUAGAAGGUCUUAUCCCAAGUUUACCACAAAGUUUAGAAUGUUUAGCUAGCGGAGGACAUUCGACUCUUGCAGAUACCAAGCUCAAUAAUUUGUCAAACCUUAUACCAUCGCUGAUCGCGUGUGAACUCGCUGUGGAUUCUUCAAGUAACUGGCGCCUCCAUGUACAACUAUUAGAGAAGUUUUCAUGUUUUCCCAAGUGUUUGACCUCAGAUCAAAUAUACUACAAAUUUGUGCCGCUGUUCUUCAGAUUAUUAUCGUCAAAUCGUGUUUUACCGGUCAAGUCAGCGGCUGCGCACACACUGUGUGUUUUCAUACGAUACAACAGAAGAUUUGAGCAAAGACAAGAAUUGUGUUGUAGACUUAUACAAGAAUGUGGAAGAGGAAAAAGCUACAGAAGUAGACUAUUAUUCAUAGAUAUUUGCAAGUUUAUAAUGGAAUUAUUUUCGCGUCGAUUUUUCAAGGAGAAUUUCUUCGAAUUUUUAUUAGAAUUGGGCUCGGACCCUGUGUUAAAUGUAAGAUUAAAGUUCUGUACAGUUCCUCCGCGCCUUAAAUCGUUGUUAAAGUUACCGUCAGACAGACAUUUGUUACAACAACUGGAGCAGUGUAUCAGAAAUCUACUGAGUAAUGAAAAGGAGCCUGAUGUUUGCAAUGCAGUCAGAGAGGCGUUCAUGAAGUUGGAUAAAACAAAGUACGAAGAUGACAAGAUAGAUCAACAGAAGGAGGAGGAAGAAAGACUUUUAAUAGUCAUGGAGGAGAAAGAGAGAGAGGAACUUGCUGGGGCAAAUAAGGUUUCGGAUCCCAGAAAGAAAGGCAGCAAAGAUGACAAGAGAAAAAUUGUUGCGGCGAAAGGGAAAGCAAGCAAGCCUGAAGGUCAUCCAUCACUCAAGCGUACGCCUUCUAACUCUGGAUCCACUUCAACUGGUGCGGCUAAAACAAGCCAGAAGACAGCACCACAAAGAAAUCCUGGAUCAAAGGGUUCACCGUCGUCUAGUCUUCAAAGACUUCCUAGCCUUUCGUCAGCCCUCCCCAGCACAACCGGAUCAAGCACAAGUUCAACAUCCGCCGGGGCUUGGAAAGGGUCUCCAAAUGCAAGUGGUAACCCUUCAGCUCGCGGCGCUUCUCACGCCUCUACGAGUGGCGUGAAGACGGCGUCUAAAACUACUAAGGAAAAGACGAGUGACAAAACUGCUGCUGGAAAAAGUAGAAAACCAAUUUCAGUUAGUUCCUCAAAUUCCAGUCGAGGAGGUUUUUGAUAAGAGGUCGGUGCAGUGUUUGAUGACCUGCGACAGUACGGGCCGUCAUACGUAAAGUAUUAAUAUGACAACUCAAUCCAGUGGACUAGAGAAGGUGUAUGAGGCGACCAACGUGAGGAGAUUCCAACAGAAGGAAAAGGCAUGUCAAUUUUAGGGUUUUCACUUACAAUCGCGAAUGUUGCGUGACAGCAGAGAGCGUGAAUGUCACACAAUUUACCAGUUUACUGCUUUGAACCGAAAUAUGGCAUUGCCGGUUAUUUUAAAAGCUGUAGAUGUAUUUUUCGUACCGCAUGGAUUCAAUAGUUACUACAACUUUUCGGACAUUUAAAAUCAAGCUUCUUUCUUGAAGCGUCUUAAACUCUAACAGAUUAUCUUUGGACAAGUAUUUUGUUAUCUGUCGAGUCAUAAUCUUUGUUCGAAAACUACGACACAUUGUAAAUAGUGUUCGAAUUUCCUCUUCGUAAUUCGCAUAUUUUACCAACACGCUGGUGACUUAAAAUAUCCUUUUAACUAGAGAAUAUUUAAAGUUGAUCGUCAAAUGGUAAACUUGAUCGGUGAGUCAUAUAAACGUAAGUUAAGGAAAGUGAGUAUAGUGAUCUCACAUUUUAGAAUAAACCCUUCUUUAAAGUUAUGAUAAUAAAAAUAUGUGCUUAAGA